UUCCAAGCUAGGCGGAAGUAGAAAGCCGUAAUUUUCCUCUAUUUAAACGCGCCAACAAAGACCCUUAACAGGAGGUCUAUCUGCACCGACUGCCACAGCGCGACGGGCCGCCUGUCUCCCCCCCCCGGUCCGUGUUCUCUCUACCGUGGUUACUCUCGUCCUGACAAGAUGCCGGAGGAAACGUCCGCCGCGUCCAGCUCCGGGAGUGUGGAGGAGAAGCCGUGCUCUUCCUCAUCAUCUUCAUCAGCUGCACCUGCGGACAGCUCUGUCGACGUCAUGGAGGAGGCAAAGAAACUGAUUGGCACCGGGAACAGACAUCUGGUGAUGGGAGACGUUGUCUCAGCUGUCAGUGUUUUCCAGGACGCCUGCAGCAUGCUGGCUGCAAAGUACGGCGAUACUGCAGAUGAGUGUGGCGAGGCCUUUUUCCUUUGUGGGAAGUCCCUACUGGAGCUUGCCAGGAUGGAGAACAGCGUCCUCGGUAACGCCCUGGAUGGAGUCCCAGAGGAGUCUGAGGAAGAGGAGCAGCCCAACUCUAAAAUUGAGAGUGCCAACAACCUAGACGAAGAAACUAGAGACGAGCUGCGAAGGCAGGUCUAUGAUGCGAUGGCUGAGCAAGAGAAGACCGAGCAGGCGGACACCCAGGUGAAGUCUGAAGAUCCAAAGAGCGCCGCCGAGGUGACUAAAGAAAAUGGCGUGGCGAAGUCCCCGGUCAAACAAGUGAACGGAUCUGGCAACGCCACAAAAAAAAACCUAAACGGGCACGAGAAGAUUUCGGUCCAGGCGGCAGCGGCGGCCGUGAAUGGAGCCGCGAAGACACACGUGAACGAUGUGGGGAAAGGAAAGGGAAAGGACACUGCGAUGGAGAAGAUAAAAAUUGUCAAAGGGCAGAACGGAGCGGCGAAACGCGAGGAGGAAUCCAAGCCAGAGGCCGAGCGAGAUGAGGAGGAACCAGAAGGCAACGAUGAUGAUGACGACGACGAUGACGACGACGAUGAUGAGGAAGACGGAGAGAAAAAUGGACAAGAUAAGGAAGAGGAUGAAGUCGGGAAUUUGCAGUUGGCCUGGGAGAUGCUGGAGGUGGCGAAAGUCAUCUACAAAAGAAAAGAAAGCAAAGAGGAGCAACUGAUGGCAGCCCAGGCGUAUCUGAAACUCGGAGAAGUCAGUGCUGAAUCAGGUAACUACCCCCAGGCACUAGAAGACUUCCAGGAGUGUCUCGCCCUGCAGCUGAAGCACUUGCCCGCCCACAGUCGCCUGCUGGCCGAGACCCACUACCACGUCGCCACCACGCUGUGCUACAUGGACCAGUACAGCCAGGCCAUCCAGCACUACAACAGCUCCAUCAAAGUCAUCGAGGCCCGUCUGGCCAUGUUGCAGAAGGCGAUCGACGCAGCAGAGGGAGCAGAUGGUGCCGCAGCAGAGGAGAAGACGGAGAUGGAGGAGCUGAAGCAGCUUCUGCCCGACAUCAAGGAGAAGGUGGAGGACGCCAAGGAGAGCCAGAGAACGGCCAGCGCUGCCUCCCAGGCCAUCCAGCAGACACUAGGCGGCGCCUCAACCUCAUCAGCAUUCCCAUGUGAAAACGGAGGCCCUUCAUCUUCAACAGCAUUUGCAACAGCCAGUCAGAUUCCAGUUAAAUCGUCUGGCGGCGCCUCCUCCUCCUCCUCAUCUUCAUCUUCCAAAGCCGCCUCGGACAUCUCCCACCUCGUCAGGAAAAAGAGGAAACCAGAGGAGGAGAGCCCAGUGAAGGACACUGACGCUAAACAGGCGAAACAGGAAGCCACAGUUAAUGGCAGCGGUGACUCCAGUGCCAGCAACGGCAAUGGAGUCCAGGAGGGAAAAUCACAGGAGCCUGCCAACCAGUCGGCCUCUGUCCAGUCUUCAGCGUGACGGACGUUCUACUGAUCCUCGAAGAAAUCGGCACGGCAUGCCUGUCCAGCCCCUCGCCACCUCCAGCAAUUUUUUGUUUUUGUAUAUAAGAUCCAUUUUCAUAGAUUUGUCUGUCCAGUUUUUGUAUACUUGUAGUAAUAAAAAUAAAUAAAGAAUUUGCAGAUGUAAA